AUGAAUGCCACAACCACAUCAACAGCAACAAUCCUAAACUCAACUCAGUGUGUUGAUAUUGGUGCAAGUGCCAUUAGUGACCUCCUGAUGGCUGUUUACAUCCUGGCUUUUAUCUUUGGUUUGAUCUUCAAUGUGCUGAUGCUGGGUCCCAUUUUUCAACAAGUGCAGAGGCAAAACGUUAAGGGCAUCUUCCUGCUAAACCUGUCCCUCUCAGACAUGCUUUACCUCUUCACCAUACCUCUUUGGAUCAAUUAUUACCGACAGGACCAUCACUGGAACCUAGGUGUUACGAGCUGCAGUGUAGCCGGCUUCUUCUACUACUCCAACAUGUAUAUCAGCAUCUACCUGCUCUGCUGUAUCUCUGUGGACCACUGUCUGGUGGUCAUGUACCCGCUCCGCUCCAAAACCCACCGUACAUCAUGCUAUGCCUGGGCACAGUGCACCAUUGUUCAUGUUGUAGUGGCUGUGCUGCACAUCAUGGUGCUGAUCAAUGACAAUCUCACAGACGCCUAUGAUGAGGAAAACGACAAUGACCGUUGUUAUGAGACCUAUCCCAUGCAGAGGCCUGUUGCCUUGUUCAACCUGCUCCGAGUGGGCUUUGGCUUUCUGCUGCCCCUGCUGGUGUUGACUGUCAGCUACUGGAGGAUGCUAGUCACUGUAGGCCAAAGUCCCGGCCUGAAUGCCCAGGCUAAGAGGAAGGUCCGCAUGCUGUCUUUUGGGGUAAUUGGCAUCUUCUCAAUUUGCUACGCUCCAUAUCACAUUAUCCUGCUCGCACGCUCACUAGUCUUCUACCAGAGUGACAACACCCAACCUGAUGGAAGUUACUGCCAGUUUGAACAGAAGAUGCAUUUCUUCUUCUCAUGCACACUGGCACUGUCCAGUCUGAACUGUGUGGUGGACCCUGUGUUGUAUGUAUUUGUCAGUAAUGGAGUCCAAAAGGAGGUGAAUCUCUGCUGGAGGAGGAAUACAAGGACGCAGAGAGAGGACUAUGCUCUAUCUACAUAUAGCAGAGGAAAGCCUAAUAGCAAUUUAAUAUGAAAAGUAAGCUGUAUACGUGAUAUGUGGGUAGAAAAAUCCACCUGUGCACUUGUAUGCGUGUGUAUGUGUGUGUGUGUGUGGAUGUGCAUACAUAUGAUUAUGCAUAAUA